AUGGGCCCUGAAACAAACGUCUCUACAUUCUCGGCGCUGAAGAAGCGAAAGCGCACUACAGAGAAGAAGUUCAACUUUGAGUGGGAUGCUUCCGAAGAUACCAGCCAGGACCACAACCCCAUCUAUGCAGAGCGUGUCGCACCAACAUUCUUCGGCCGAGGGCGGUUAGGAGGCUUUGGCGACGAUAUGACUGAAGAGAAUGCAAGGAGGUAUGCCCAGUCUCUCAUCGAACGCGACCCCGAAAACGGAGCUGCACGAGCUAAGGAGAUGCUCGAAAUGAUGCAACGGGCAAAGGAGAAGACGAACCGCAAUGCCCUAGGCAAGCACUGGUCAGAGAAGAAGCUCGACGACAUGAAGGAGCGAGACUGGCGCAUCUUCAAGGAGGAUUACGGAAUUGCUACCAAAGGUGGAUAUAUUCCAAAUCCCAUGCGGAGCUGGGAGGAAUCGGGACUUCCACGAAAAAUUCUUGACAUUGUGGAACAAGUCGGGUAUACCGACCCUUCGCCCAUCCAGCGUGCGGCCAUCCCGAUCGCACUCCAGGCCCGCGACCUCAUCGGUGUAGCUGUGACAGGUUCUGGAAAAACCGCUGCUUUCCUGCUGCCGCUACUGGUCUACAUCUCCGAACUUCCUCCCAUCACUGACAUGAACAAGAAUGACGGUCCAUAUUCCCUCAUUAUCGCUCCUACUCGAGAGCUGGUACAGCAGAUCGAGUCAGAAGCAAGAAAAUUCGCCACGCCACUAGGAUUUACCGUAGUCAGUCUCGUUGGUGGUCACGCCAUCGAAGAGCAAGCGUUUGCCCUGCGGAACGGUGCUGAAAUCAUCGUCGCUACUCCGGGUCGUCUUGUGGACUGCAUUGAGAGACGCUUGCUCGUUUUGUCGCAGUGUUGCUAUAUCAUCAUGGAUGAAGCAGAUCGAAUGAUUGAUAUGGGUUUUGAGGAACCCGUGAACAAAAUUUUGGAUGCUCUGCCUGUCACCAACGAGAAGCCGGACACAGAGGAGGCUGAGGAUGCUCAGCUCAUGUCGCGGCAUCUUGGUGGCAAGGACCGAUACCGUCAAACAAUGAUGUACACGGCUACCAUGCCUCCUAUUGUGGAGAGAAUUGCCAAGAAAUAUCUGCGCCGCCCUGCAACGGUCACCAUCGGUAACGCUGGUGAAGCUGUCGACACCGUUGAACAGCGCGUUGAGUUUGUCGCGGGAGAAGACCGCCGAAAGAAACGCCUACGCGAGAUCCUUGUUGAUGGUGGAUUCAAGGCUCCUAUCAUUGUUUUCGUCAAUAUCAAGCGAAACUGUGAUGCCAUUGCAAAGGACAUCAGCCGCAUGGGCUUUAGCGUCGUCACUCUUCACGGUUCCAAGACCCAGGAUCAGCGCGAGCAGGCAUUGAACUCCGUUCGUGCCGGGCACACACAAGUGCUGGUCGCCACAGAUCUUGCUGGCCGUGGUAUCGACGUGCCUGAUGUCAGUCUGGUUGUGAACUUCAACAUGGCGCUGUCCAUUGAGUCCUACACGCACAGAGUCGGUCGUACUGGUCGUGCAGGCAAGAGUGGUGUGGCUAUAACAUUCCUUGGAAACGAAGAUGUUGAUACCAUAAACCAAUUACAUCGAUAUAGACAAUCACUAAUACAAAUGUGA